AUGUCGAGGCUUGUGGUAAUUAUUGCUAUUACAGGCACGCAGGGAUCAUCUGUUGCCAAUGUCUUCCUUAAGGAGGGUGGAUGGAAGAUCCGAGGUGUUACCCGUGACCCCUCUAAGCCUGAGAGCAAAGCUCUUGCCGCUAAAGGCAUCGAGAUGGUCAAGGGAGAUGCGGAUGACAUGGAAUCUAUCAAGGCUGCCGUCCAAGGUGCUUCUAUUGUGUUUGGAAAUACCGCAUUCUCGCCGGCUUUUGCAAUGCCAACCGCAGAGGACGUGGCUAAACUUAAACCGGGUCAAACUCUCCGAGAAUGGUGCUAUGAGACAGAGCUUCAGCAAGGGAAAAAUAUCGCUGAUGCUGUUGCGGCUACCAUUGACACUUUAGACUUAUUUGUGUGGUCAUCGUUAUCGGAUGCGAAGAAAUGGAGUCGCGGAAAAUAUGCAGGCGUCUUUCAUUUCGAUUCCAAGGCACAUGUCGUGGACUAUAUCAACAGCAUACACCCUAGGCUGGCCCAGAAAAUGUCAAUACUUCAGAUGGGUCUCUUUAUCACCAAUUGGAAGUGGGGUCAGGCCGCAGUACCAUGGGAAAAGUGUUCGGAUGGAUCAAUGGUCCUUCGCAUACCUGGCAGUGGCGAUGUUCCAAUCCCGCUUGUUGUUCCUUCUGACACUGGAUAUUUUGUCAAAGCCCUGAGCCAGGUUCCCGCUGGAAAAAAUCUUCUGGCAUUUGGUGAUCGCCUUACUUGGUCGGAGUAUGUAAAGCUCUGGAGCAAAGUUACGGGCAUUCCAGCUACGUUUGAGAAGAACACGGUGGCGGAGCAUGACAAACUUGCGCCAGGUGGAUAUGGUGAAGAGAUUGCAGAGAUGUACGCAUAUGCUCAAGAUUUCGGCUACGAUGGUGGAGAUCCAUCGGUUAUUUAUGCCCAAGAUCUCGGUGUCGACGUUCCAGUCACUCGAAUCGAGCAGUAUAUUAAAAAUGAGGAUUGGUCCCCACUUGUACAAUAA